AUGCUCCGCCUGGGCAGCCUCCUCCGGCUCCUGACUUUGAUGAAGUUGCCCUGCUGCCUGCUGGAGUUUCUCCUCUCGGAGGCGGCCCAGGGGCAGGAGAUGUACGCGCCGCACUCCAUCCGGCUCGAGGGGGACAUCACCCUGGGCGGCCUUUUCCCCGUCCACGCCAAGGGACCCACGGGCGUGCCUUGCGGGGACAUCAAGAAGGAGAACGGCAUCCACAGGCUGGAGGCGAUGCUGUAUGCGCUCGACCAGAUCAACAGCGACCCGGACCUGCUGCCCAAUGUCACGCUGGGCGCUCGCAUCUUGGACACUUGCUCCCGAGACACCUACGCCUUGGAGCAGUCCCUCACUUUCGUGCAGGCUCUCAUCCAGAAGGACACCUCCGACGUGAGGUGCACCAACGGGGAGCCGCCGGUGUUUGUCAAGCCGGAAAAAGUAGUUGGCGUGAUCGGGGCGUCGGGAAGUUCCGUGUCCAUUAUGGUGGCCAACAUCCUGCGACUCUUCCAGAUCCCACAAAUCAGUUAUGCCUCAACUGCACCAGAGUUGAGUGAUGACAGGCGCUAUGAUUUCUUCUCACGUGUGGUUCCUCCAGAUUCCUUCCAAGCGCAAGCAAUGGUGGACAUUGUAAAAGCUUUGGGAUGGAAUUAUGUAUCCACUUUGGCAUCUGAAGGGAAUUAUGGAGAAAAAGGAGUCGAGUCCUUCAUGCAAAUUUCCAGAGAGGCAGGUGGGCUCUGCAUUGCUCAGUCCCUGAAAAUCCCACAGGAUCGCAAAGACAAAACCAUCGACUUUGAUAAAAUUAUCAAGCAGCUUCUAGAAACUCCUAAUGCCCGGGCCAUCAUUAUUUUUGCCAAUGAUGAGGACAUAAAGCAGAUCCUUGCAGCUGCUAAAAGGGCAGAUCAAGUUGGUCAUUUUCUAUGGGUGGGGUCCGACACUUGGGGCUCCAAAGUGAGUCCGUUAAUUCAGCAAGAAGAUGUUGCUGAAGGAGCAAUCACCAUUCUGCCUAAGAGAGCAACCAUAGAGGGGUUUGAUGCUUAUUUUACCUCGCGUACUCUGGAGAACAACAGAAGGAAUGUGUGGUUUGCAGAAUACUGGGAGGAGAACUUCAACUGCAAGUUAACCAUCAGCGGAUCAAAAAAGGAAGACACGGAUCGUAAAUGCACAGGGCAGGAGAGAAUUGGCAAAGAUUCCCAUUAUGAGCAAGAAGGGAAAGUUCAGUUUGUGAUUGAUGCUGUAUAUGCCAUGGCUCACGCCCUCCAUCACAUGAGCAAGGACCUUUGUGCUGAUUACCCAGGGGUCUGUCCGGAGAUGGAACAAGCAGGAGGCAAAAAGUUGUUGAAGUACAUACGCAGCGUUAACUUCAACGGCAGUGCUGGCACUCCAGUGAUGUUUAAUAAAAAUGGUGAUGCACCAGGGCGCUAUGACAUCUUUCAGUACCACACAACGAACACCAGCACCCCAGGCUACCGGCUCGUUGGUCAGUGGACAGAUGACCUUCAACUCAAUAUUGAGGAAAUGCAGUGGGGUAAAGGAGUGCGUGAAAUCCCGUCCUCAGUCUGCAGUCUGCCAUGCAAACCUGGAGAGAGGAAGAAGAUGGUCAAAGGGAUGCCUUGCUGUUGGCACUGUGAGCUCUGCGAUGGGUACCAGUACCAAGCUGAUGAGGUGACUUGUUUGCUCUGCUCAUAUAACGAGCGACCCAAUGAGAACCGGACUGGCUGCCGUUCAAUACCCAUUGUCAAGUUGGAAUGGCAUUCUCCGUGGGCAGUGAUACCAGUCUUUUUGGCUAUGCUUGGAAUUAUUGCCACCAUUUUUGUAAUGGCAACGUUCAUUCGAUAUAAUGACACUCCCAUUGUCCGGGCGUCCGGAAGGGAACUCAGCUAUGUCCUAUUAACAGGAAUAUUUCUUUGUUACAUAAUUACUUUCCUGAUGAUUGCCAAACCAAAUGUUGCAGUGUGCUCCUUCCGGCGUAUCUUCUUGGGCUUGGGAAUGUGCAUCAGCUAUGCAGCCCUGUUAACUAAAACAAACCGCAUCUACCGCAUAUUUGAACAGGGCAAAAAAUCAGUGACAGCACCUAGGCUUAUAAGCCCAACAUCACAGCUGGCAAUCACGUCGAGUUUAAUAUCUGUUCAGCUUCUGGGUGUCUUUAUUUGGUUUGCUGUUGACCCACCCAACAUCAUCAUAGAUUAUGAUGAGCAGAAAACUAUGAACCCUGAUCAAGCCAGAGGAGUUCUCAAAUGUGACAUUACGGAUCUACAAAUCAUUUGUUCCUUGGGGUAUAGCAUUCUUCUAAUGGUUACGUGUACUGUGUAUGCCAUCAAGACUCGGGGUGUCCCAGAGAAUUUUAAUGAAGCUAAACCCAUUGGAUUCACAAUGUACACUACCUGUAUAGUGUGGCUUGCCUUCAUUCCAAUAUUUUUUGGCACUGCUCAGUCAGCUGAAAAGGCCCUGCUGCAAAAAAGAAGUACGUCAGUUAUAAUAAUCUGGUUAUCUAGUCCGUUUUGUCAGAUGGAGUUGAGGAAGGAUGAGGCCUUUCAUCCAUUCAGUCACCCGGACUGGCACAGAUCUCUUCCUGACCUGCAAGGUAUCUGCAGCAGGAGGAGUGAAGGCCAGGCAGUCAUUGUGGAGACAAAUGUUAGAGAAUCCAAGAGUUCUGAACAGCUGCUAUAUGAAAUAUCCCUCAUUAUUCUUGGCUUAGUAAGUCACUGGCACUGCCAUUAGGCUGUGACCUUGGACCUUCUCUGUGUAUGGGAGUUACAAUACCCGAGUACCCAGCUCUGAUACAUGAGGACUGAGCUCCCUAUGGGUGAACUGCAUUUACCAACAAUGACUUUGAAGGGGCUAAUUCUGUCUUUAUAUGUACUUCCAGACUGCAAGUUUUUGAACCUUCUGUACAGUUUGUGGGGAUUUUUGCAUAUUGCCAUCCAUGUUGUUUCAAGUUCACUGUUUGUUUUUUGAAUGCACAGUUUCACUGAGAUCCUAUUCUCUCAGACUUAGUACAUUAAAAAAAAAAUCUAAGGAUUUAAAAGACCUAUGUACAUGACUUGUAUGACUACUAUUGUAUCACUGCAAUCCAUAUACAUUAUUUUUUUUAAUUAAAAAAAAGAAUUUAAAGACCAAAAACUGUGCUGGCAAAGUUAGCCCUCCCUCCCACCACCACCACCCCCCCACCCCCCAGCCUUUCACAACUUUGAUGGGCUGCAGAGGAAGCAGAAAGGAUUUUUGCUGAGUUUAGUUGAGGUCUUGAUAUUUGGAAUGCAUGCCAGUAAUGUAUUUUAUGGUACAUGUUAAUAAUUUAUGUUUGAUAUUUGUAUUUGUGUUUAUUUUGUUAUUUUAUUUAAGGUAAAUGACUAUUUUGCAAUAAUUUCAAUAAUUCUUACGGUAUUUGGAAGAAAGAAUAUGGCUUUUACAUGUCUUGAGGUUUUUCUCUGUUGGUGCCCCAACAUGAUUGACCAGUGUGAUAAGGACUUUAAAAAAGCAUGUAUGUUUUAUACUGUUUGUAAUAAGUAAUUUCGUUAAUCUUGCUGCUUAUGUGCCAAUUUAGUGAAAACAAUCUUUGCCGCUAACUCCUCCCUUCCUUUCCAUUCUCUCAAUCCUGUGAUAUUAUCCAAGAAUGUAUCAAUAAAAGAUUUUGGUUAACUUUU